CUGUAGCCUACUGUAUAAGUACAGAUGAUGGAGACCCCUUCACACCGCAGUUCACUUUUACGCAGUAGAGAUGAGCGCUCGGAUACCGAAAUCCAACCCGGCCAUGAAACUGAUAGUGCUCUUCACAGCUUCUCUCUCCUGGGCCUUCCAGCAGCAGGACAUACCGCCAAAGUACCAGUACCGCGACCCUGUGACAUCUGACCUCCUGCUGUGCGACCAGUGUCCUCCUGGCACGGCCGUGAAACGACACUGCACUGCUGACACACCCACAGAGUGCCAAGCCUGUCCAGAGAGGCACUUUGCUGAGAACUGGCACUGGGGGGACACAUGCCAAUACUGCACCUCGGUGUGCAAAGAGAGACAGCUUGUGAAGCAGGAGUGUAACAGCACCCACGACCAACUGUGUGAGUGCGCUCCAGGUUUCCACCUAGUGGUGGAGUUCUGCAUCACACACAGUACCUGUCCACCUGGCUAUGGAGUGGCAGCUUUAGGUACACCGGUGAGUGACACCGUGUGUGAACGUUGUCCCACUGGUCAUUUCUCCAGCAGCGACUCCUCCACCGAGCCGUGUCAACCCCACAGUAACUGCUCCAAUAUGGGCUUGAAGACACGGAGCUGGGGGACGUCCACUUCAGACAGCCUCUGUGGCCCUCAGGACAAGACGGCAACACUGGAGUGCUCUCAGCAUCACACUUUGUGCCACACUGAUGUGACCCUGUGUGAGGAGGCUGUCUUCCAGUCUCUCUCCUCCCUGCGACUGUCCUCAGUGCCCCUGGAGCGGCUGUUGGAGAGUCUUCCCGGGCGGAAGGUGGAUCGUAAGAGCCUGGAGAGGCUGAAGAAGGCCUGCUCUCCCCAGCAGCAAGUCUUACAGCUGCUGCGGCUGUGGAGGGAGCAGAACAAAGACCAGGACAAGAUGUAUGGCAUCAUACAAGGUGUGAACCACUGCGAGAGGAAAGUCUCCCGCUGCAACGGCCUAAAAAACCUGACGCUCGACGACCUGCUGAAGGUCACCAACAGCCUGCCGGGGGUCAGAGUUCAGCAGGAGGAUGUCCGGGCCGUGGUCUCUACCUGCCUGCCCAGGCAGUACAUCCUGCAGCUGCUUCACCUCUGGAAGACAGCAAACUAUGACCUGGAUCUAGCCAAAGGUCUGUCUCACAGUCUGAGGGUGCUGCGCAGCCAGGGGGCGCCACGCUAUCUGCUGAAAGGCCUGAAGAAGAUCAGCCGCAUCAUAGGAACCACCUCUGCGCAUAAAAUGUACGAGAAGAUGUUUGUUAGUAUGCUUCACGAUGAGUCGUGUUUUAAGACUCAUAAGCCAUUAAAUGAAUAGGGGUUUGGAAGGUACGAACAGGAAUACAUGCCAUCUAAAACAGACACUAAUGCAUUGUUCAGAUAAAGAACACACAAACACAAAACACUUAGUGAGCAGGGGGAGAAAUGUAUGUGAAAGAGUAACAGACAUGGGUAACAUGAUAACGUCAGGUCUUUAAGAUAUUGCCAAAUGAUAUCAAGCUAUGCAUAUAGUGCCUAACUGUAACGUAAGAUGAGGAGGUAAAUUCUUCUUUGUCUUUCUGAUUUUCUAGCAAAGCCCGAUGCCAAAAUAAGGACAUUUGGAAUAAAUGCGUUGCCGAGGAAUGCAAAUAACUUCACCCUAAGUCUAAAGCAUCUGUCUGCCGUGAUGAAUCUAAAAAGGGGUGACGAUAAAGAAACAAAAAACUAUCAAGCAUCUGUGUACUCCAGGCAGGACAAAAGUAAAAAUUUGAAAGAAAGGUUUCCUGGGAACUUUUUGACCGGAGUCUGUGAAAAAUAAAAAACUAUUUAAGAUGUAAAUAGCACACUAUUUUAUGGAAGAUAGGCUGGCAGAUGUUGUGUUUUUAUUAUUAUUAUUGUUGCUUUCUCGCUGAUUGAGAGGAAGGAUUUGGUUUCAUAAUGAAAUACAUGUAUUUUCUACAGUUUUCCUUUGUUGGUUUGUUCUGGACUGCUGGCAAGUAAAGCUCAUCGGAUUUCUUUUUUUUAAAGUGUCAGCUUUAUGAAUGUACAAAGGAGUGCAAUUGUUUUCUAUUUAAAAAAAUAAUAAUAAUUUUACUUUCUGAAUAUGUAAAGGCUUGUUUUUAUUACUUUAUCAGAAAUACUGGAUUCCAAAUGCUGCAAGUUCAUGAAGUGAUAUUUGUGUUAUAUUUUGUUUUAUCACUUUUAUAUUAUUAAAUGUAUGAUCUGUAUUGUAUAUAUGCCUGACUGGUCCUCUUUAAGCUUGUGUAACU